UUAAUUAUCUGUUGUAUACCACGGUAGACGCCAGUGAAAACCAUGUGGACAUUCACAGUGACACUGUUGUCAUCUCUGAUGCUGUCGCAUAGUGAGGAGGUGACCCGGGAGGUGAGCAAAACUGGAGGAAAUUGUUGCUGCUCAAUUUCCAGUUGCUGUUACAAUGCCAUCGGUAGCAAUUGUAAUUCUGAUCCACGAGAUUAUCCUAGAGACUGCACUGAAAUCCGUGACAACAAUGACGAAGCGAGUAGUGGCGACUACAUGAUUCAUUCUCAUGACGAAGGAGAACCGUUUAGAGUGUACUGCGAUAUGGACACUGACGGUGGUGGAUGGACGGUAAACAACAUAAACAACGGCUGCAGCAGCAGCAACACCACUAACAACAACAACGUCAACAACAGCAGCAGUAGCAAGAGCAAUACCAACAACUUAGCAACAGCAAUAUAUAGCAACAUCAAGAACAAAAGCAACAGCAACAGCGUGCAACUUCAGCAACAGUAGCAACAACAACAGCAACAGCACCACCACCAAACAACAACAACAAAACAGCAGCAGUAAAAGCAGUGCCAACAUCAUGAUUAUCUAUUCAACAAGAUGUCAUUCAUUGAAAUCGUAGCAUGAUAUAAUUGCAACAUCCAAUCACUCGCAAUGAGAUCACAUUGUACAGGCACAUUCCAAUCGGGUCAAGCUCGCUAGUCAUAAGGUUUGCUAUUCAUAUGGUUAAUUAACAAUAAGGUUCGUUAGUCAUAACAUUACCCUAUACCUAGACUGGGUU